CAGCCCACCUGCCAAUCGCGCCUCAUGAAUCCAAGGUGCGCCUCCAACAUCACCAACCUAGCUACCCGCGUGACAACCGACAACGAUUCUGAAGGAUUAACGACUGCAUACAUAGCUGGCGACAGGGGAAUACGUGCAUUUUGAUUUUGCGAAAAUUUGGACGGGAGAAAUAAUUCAAUUGACGCGAUCGCCGGACCCGGAGCUACGCGCCUUGCAUUUUGACGCAGACGGGGAGGGACCCUAUCCUGCAGGACCUACGACAUCGAUUGCAUUCCACUUCCUCUCCUCUCUCCUCGCGACUUGGAGUCGCAUCCACCAACAACCUUCGACUUAAUGCGACAGUUCAUCAGCCAUCCAUGACGACUCUAGUGCAGACCCGUCAGCCGCUGCAAGUUUUGAGCAUGAGCAAUCAGCCCAAGCGGCGCCGGAGCGAGCGCCUUGCCUCGUAUGACGAGAACGAUGGAGAUUUCCAGUUCACCAGGAAGAAAGUAAAGACAGCCCAGCCGGAGCCGAUACCAGAAGACGAGGUCGCCCCCAUACCCGCUCCUGCACCUAGAAGGCCCGGAAGACCGCCAAAAUCAAGCAAAGCGCGCAAUGCGCCAGUGGUGGAGGAGCAGGAGGCUCAGCCAGCACCCCCGAGGAGGGUUUCCAAGAGGAGGUCGAGCCAACUAGACGUGCAUCCCGACCCGCCAGUUCCAGCACCGCUGCCGCAACGGACGACACGUAGGGGCACCCGUUCCUCGUCGGUACAGCCGGAACCAGUGGAGAAGGAAGUAGUAAAACCGAAGGCCAGGUCGAAAACGAAACCCACCAAUGGAGUCCCCAAGAGUCGCAACGUCGAGGUAGACAUGAGCGUGUCUCCGCAACUGUCUCCUCGACCCGCCAUGCAUACACCACAGUCUUUGGUGGUAGAGAAAGUCCGGGGCAAGGCCGCAGCAAUCAAGUCGGCGUCUCCUAAGAAGAUCGCGCUGCCAUUCAGCGACACGCCUAUCAUGAACCGUAAUAAGGAGAUGCGACGCAAGACAGGCGGACGGCGGAGCAGUUUGGGCAUGCGCGGAAGGAGGGCCAGCUCGCUGAUUGAUAACGGACACAGCGCCAUACCACAUCGUACAGUUGAUGCCGCCGAGUUCUACAAGCACAUCGAAGCCGAGGGUCCUAGUGAGCCUAGGCGUAUGAAACAGCUUCUGACAUGGUGUGGUGAACGCGCGUUGAGCGAAAAGCCGCCGUUGGGCAGUCUAAACUCAAAUGCGAUCCUAGGAGCUCGAGCGAUACAAGAUCAGAUAUUAAAAGAUUUCGGGUCGAAAUCGGAAUUCUCAGACUGGUUCUCAAGGGAAGACGUGCCAAGGCCACCCGCAAUUGAGAAACCAAACCCAAGGAAUACCGAGCAUGAAGAGAAGAUAGCUGAGUUGGAGGACAGGAUAAAACGGUUAAAAGCCGAGAAAAAAACGUGGCUGUCACUUAAGCAAGCACCUCCUGAAUUACCACCACUGUUCCCAGCAGCGGAUUCAACAUCGCCAACAGAACAACCACAGAAAAUACCGGACGCUUCUCUUCUAGAUCCGGAAGAAGCACAAAUGUUAGCUACCAUAACAGACGCAGCAUCGAGCUUCGCAAAUCUAAGAAUCCAAGCACAAACGCGGAUACAAACGCUUCAGAAGGCGCUGGAAUUCAAAGUCGACCAUCUAGCAGACAGUGUACAUAAGGUCGAGCAGCGUGUGAAUACGGCGGGUCGGGAGGCUGAUCGAGUCUUGGCCUUGAGCGCAGCCCGUCUGAAGGAACGCGAAGAAAAAGAGAAGAGGAGCGCCGGCACGAGGGACAUGCCGGUUAUGGAAGUGCUCAGAAGCCUGGGAAGGAUAUUACCUGAAGGCGAGAGUUGAGAUUAAAUUUCAGCCCAUCCUAACUAACCCCUUUUUCUGCCAUAAACCGAUUCAAAUGGCGCCGUUUUGUUGAUAGAGCAUGAUUGGAUUGCAUGGAGUUCAGCUCAGAGGCUCUUUUGUUUUUGUUUUUUUACUUUUGCUGCAUUGCAGAUCGGAAAGAUACCACACCGCGGACGGCCCUCUUUGUUAUUUUAUUAUUAUCCAACGGACUGGGACGAUGAUGCAAGGACCAAGAGCGAAGGCGCAGGCCAUACCAUCCAUCGAAGCUUAUGGACCUUGUGAGGACAGAGGUGCAGAAAUGGAAAGAGAAAGAAGAACUGCAGAAAGAUGGGACCGCACAUGAGAUAAUGACUGAAUGAGAAUGUGAAGUCUGACAUUCCUGCG